AAAGGGAAGAGGCAGCAGGAAAGUAAAGCUAAACCUACAGGAAAGUGCCCUGUGCCGAGGAGAACGUGGUGAGGAAGUGUGUGCAAGCCUCUGAACCCUGAGUGGUUCUCAGUUCUGUAUCCUUCACCUCCCACUGGGUGGAGUAGGUCUUUUAAGAGCAGCUGGAAUGCAGUUCCCCUGAUCAGUGUAGCCAGUUGUUGCCUGUCGGAACUUCUGCCAGUUCUAGAGAGCCUGCUCCAAGCUCAAACCAGAGGGCCAAGCUCCGCACCCCUCACCGCCAUCCUUCUCGCGGGAGCCAGAAGAAAGUUUCCACCUGCCCAGGCAUGGGGGAGGACGCUGCACAAGCCGAAAAGUUCCAGCACCUAGGUCUUGACAUGCCACAGCCGAAGCUAGCCAGCUCCAGCCCUGUACCCUCCUCCACACCGAGCCCCAGUCUCAACCCCGGGAGCACUGAGGAGGCCAUCCGGGACAACUCGCAGGUGAACGCUGUCACGGUGCUCACGCUCCUGGACAAGCUCGUGAACAUGCUGGACGCCGUGCAGGAGAACCAGCACAAGAUGGAGCAGCGGCAGAUCAGCCUGGAAGGCUCGGUGAAGGGCAUCCAGAACGACCUCACCAAGCUCUCCAAGUACCAGGCCUCCACCAGCAAUACCGUGAGCAAGCUGCUGGAGAAGUCCCGUAAGGUCAGCGCCCACACACGCGCGGUCAAGGAACGCAUGGAGAGGCAGUGCGCGCAGGUGAAGCGUCUGGAGAACAACCACGCCCAGCUCCUCAGACGUAACCACUUCAAAGUGCUCAUCUUUCAGGAAGAAAAUGAGAUCCCUGCCAAUGUGUUUGUGAAAGACCCUGUGUCCAGCCCAGCGGAAGGGAAGGAAGAACUUGCAGAUGAAAACAGGUCUCUGGAGGAUACUUUGCACACAGUGGACCUCUCAUCUGAUGAUGAAUUACCCCACAACGAGGAGGCCCUGGAAGACAGUGCAGAGGAAAAGAUGGAAGAAAGUAGGGCAGAGAAAAUAAAAAGAUCCAGUCUCCGGAAAGUGGAUAGCCUCAAGAAAGCAUUUUCUCGCCAGAACAUCGAGAAAAAGAUGAACAAGCUGGGGACAAAGAUCGUAUCUGUAGAGAGGAGAGAGAAGAUUAAGAAAUCUCUCACUUCCAAUCACCAGAAAAUAUCCUCAGGGAAAAGCUCCCCCUUCAAGGUCUCUCCCCUCACUUUCGGUAGAAAGAAAGUUCGAGAGGGAGAAAGCCCUGCAGAAAAUGAGACCAAGUCAGAAGACAUGCCUAGUAGUGAGAUGCCCAACGACCAUGAGGAGAGCUCAUUUGCAGAGGGUCUUUCUGAAGCAUCCCUCCCCAGUGCCCUGGUGGAAGGGAAGAGCUUGGAGGGAGAUGCUGGGAGGGCGGCCUCGAGAGGGAGUAGCUCGGCUAUGGAUAGCAACAUUGACUUGGCUAUUGUGGAAGAUGAAGAAGAGGAAUCGGUGGUCGUGGAACAGGCACAGCGGGUGCACUAUGCAGGAGGCUACAUGCAAACCUCUGAGGAGGCAGAGCAGUCAGAUGAGGAGCCCAUGCAGCCAGCUGUGCUCCAGGUGGACCAGACCUCCUAAAUGCCCAGCCCACUGUGCCCAGCCUGUUCUUGCAGUUAGAUGGAUAAGCAGAGCCUAGAAACAACUCCAGCACUAGCCACUCACAGCGUCUUACUGUGCAGACAGCCCACAUUUACUACACAGUAGCAGCACACACUUAACCAAGAUUUACUAUGAAAGCAACGUGUCAGGGUCUACACUUCUAACUUCCUCUUAGGUUCCAUUUCUAUAGUUAUCCAAAACUGCCCAGAAAAAGAAAAGAAGCAGUCAGGAAAACACUAAUCAAUUGGGCUUGUCAGAAAAACCAGAGGCUAUAAGAUACUAAUCAUGAAAUGUGAUUCAUUUUUCAUCAUUCCAUAAGCUUGGUGAAUAGUGCGCCAGCAAUAUACAGCAUUUCCAUAGAACUCUGUGAAUCUAAAAUUUCAAGUGUAUGAUAUAUAAUAUACAUAUAUAUUUAAGCUAUGGAGAUAAAUUUUAUAUUUUAAGAAAAAAACACUUUUCUUAAAAGGUAGAAGAGAAGGUUGGCUACUCAGUAGAAACCACUCUUUACUGAAAAUGAAGGAGAAAUUAAAAGACUACUACAUUCAGCUAGUGAAGUAAGACACGUAGAAAAGGUGGGACUUUUAGAAAAAGAAAACUAAAGAGAAGUUAGAAAAUAAGAGGAACAGGAAAAAAGAAUUCCAAAGAGAAGGAAGACAGAGAGAAAAAAGCAUGUGUUCAAAAGUAAAAUAUUUAUAAUAUUAGUUCAAGUAUUUCACUCUUCAUACAACACUAAAAAGAAGCUCAUAUAUACUGAAAUAAUGUUAUAUCUUCACAUUUUUAUUUUCCAGUAUUUUCAAAUACAUAAAAAAUUUUACUGUAUUAAAACUGCAAUUUUUCUUAAUAAAUAAAAGACUUUACAAAUAUUUCCCUAAGGAAGUUCAAAAGGAUGUAGUCUCUUUGGCAUUGGAAGGAACAUAAAUCUUCAAAAUUAAUUAAUGUAUACUGCCUUUUGUAGGAAGUUGGAUCAUACUAUUCUUUAAUGUUUUCCAAGUUUGCAAUAGUCCUUACACUCCAAAUGAUGUAAUGUAGGUUUAUAAGAUGCUGGGAGCAACAGGUUUGGGAAAUGAAAGAUGCUAUUUUUCCUUUUUUGUACACAUACACAGCAAUAAUUUCAUUCCAGGUCAUGUUUUAUUUAUAUAUUAAUUUCACAGAAUAUUAAUACUUUUUUUCUUAAAGCAUGCUAAUGUUUUGUGUAUGUGCACAUUUACUCAGACAGGGUAAUUUUUACUACUGCCUAACAUUAUACUAAUUAUUGCUUUAUUUUUAAUUAGAGAAUGGUAGUGUUUUGAGAAAACUAUUACAGUUUGAGACAGUUGUACCAGGGAGUAAAUGUCCCACAUUUGGUAUGUACCACUCACUAUAAGUAACCUUACAAAUACAGAUAUUGCAAGACAGUAUUAAAAAACUAUGCUUUGCCUUGUAAAAGGGAUAAGAUUAAAAAAUGUAUCGAUGGCAUAACUGUCCUUACUUUGCAAUAAUGUACCCCGAAUAUUAGAUUGUUGAACUAACAAUGGCUGUGUUAAAGAAGACUAAAUAAACCAAAAAAUAAAAAGUA